AUUAAACGACCUUGACCGUCAACGUCCUCUACUUUUUUUGCUUAGUUCACCUCUACGUCAGCCGCUGAAGAGAACACACUAAAAAUGGCAGGAACUUCUUCUGGUAUUGAUACUGACUGUAUGACUUUGACCCGUUAUUUACUAGCGGAACAAAGAAAACAUCCUCAUGCUACUGGAGAUUUAACGCAAUUAAUGACAGCAAUAUGUACGGCUUGCAAAGCCAUUUCAACAGCUGUAAGAAAAGCCGGAAUUGCCAAAUUAUAUGGUAUGGCUGGUUCUACGAAUGUUCAAGGAGAAGAUGUAAAGAAAUUGGAUGUCCUUUCCAAUGACCUAUUCAUCAACAUGCUGAGAUCUAGUUACACUACAUGUCUUAUGGUCAGUGAGGAGAACGAAAAAGUUAUUGAGGUUGAAUCAGAUAAACAGGGAAAGUACGUUGUUUGUUUUGACCCACUCGAUGGAUCUUCUAACAUUGACUGUCUGGUUUCUAUUGGAACUAUUUUUGCCAUCUACAAGAAGAUUAGCGAUGGAGCGGCUAAUAUUAAAGAUGCUUUACAGCCAGGUAGACAAAUCAUUGCAUCGGGCUAUUGCUUAUAUGGUAGUGCUACCAUGUUAGUAUUAAGUGUCGGAAAUGGUGUCAAUGGUUUUAUGUUGGAUCCGUCUAUCGGAGAAUUUAUUUUGACCGAAAGAAAUAUUCGUAUUAAGCCAAAAGGAAAAAUUUACUCCCUUAAUGAAGGAUAUUCUGCUCUUUGGCAAGAACCAGUAAAAAAGUACAUUGAUAGCAAGAAAAAACCAGCUAGCGGCAAGCCCUACGGAGCUAGGUACAUUGGCUCUAUGGUUGCUGAUGUCCACAGAACUUUAUGCUACGGCGGUAUCUUUGCGUACCCUGCAACAACUGAAACUCCAAAUGGAAAACUUCGUCUUUUGUACGAAUGCAACCCAAUGGCAUUCAUUAUGGAACAAGCAGGAGGCUUAGCAACCACCGGAACUGGUAAUAUUUUGGAUAUUCAGCCGGAAACAAUCCAUCAAAGAAGCCCAAUAUUCCUUGGAUCGAAGGAGGACGUUGAAGAUGUCAUUUCAUGCUUUAAAAAAUACGGAAACUAG